GCGCGGAACGCCAGAUCUUAUAACUAUUGCACUUUCAAUAGUCUUCAUUCGGUUCUCUCUCUCUCUCCGUCGUCCCCUGAACCUAAACCCCUAAUCGUAUUUUCGGUCGCAUCACUUUAUCCUCUGUUUCCAUCCGAAGCUGUUGUGAAACUUAUGACAUGAAUAGUGAAGAGACGCGCAGAGAUUUAAAAAGAAAGUUCCCGCAUGUGGACCGGUUGCAAGAGCAUGGAUCAUAUGAUAGACUUCCUCCUGGUUGGUUGGACUGCCCGGCGUAUGGUCAAGAUAUAGGAUGCAUAAUCCCUUCAAAAGUUCCGCUCGGUGAAUCCUUUGAUGAUAUCGUUCCAAGUCAAAAAUAUUCUCCCAAGCAAGCAAUUUUUCAGCAAAGACAAUUAGGUAGAGAAGUUGGUCUAGUAAUUGAUUUGACAAAUACUACUCGUUACUACUCAAUAUCAGAUUGGACCAAAGAAAGGAUUCGUCAUGUCAAGAUAAGAUGCAAAGGAAGAGAUUCCGUGCCUGAUGAUGAAUCUGUAAACAGAUUUUGCAAUGAAGUCGUGGAUUUUCUCUCCCAAAGAGCGAACAGAAACAAAUAUAUACUUGUGCAUUGCACUCAUGGGCACAAUCGCACUGGUUAUAUGAUUGUUCAUUUUCUUGUGCGUACAGAAUCAAUUUCAGUCACUGAGGCUAUAAAUAAAUUUGCGAUGGCACGUCACCCUGGAAUUUACAAGCAGGAUUAUAUUGAUGCCUUGUACAUGUUUUAUCAUGAAAGGAAGCCUGAAGAAGUUGUUUGUCCUAAAACUCCAGAGUGGAAAAGACUUUCUGAUCCACAGUUUCCUGGUGCAGUUGACCCACCUGUAGAAAGUAUUGGAGGUGUUCCUUUGCAUGAGAAUAUCAUAAGGAAUGAAGUAUUGACAAACGAUGAUGUUUUGGGAGAUCCUGUACCUUCAAGUCAACUGCAUUCAAUGCGAGUAGAGUGUUACCAACUACUUAAGCUGGGCAAAGGGGGAAGGGGAUCUUUGCAGUUUCCAGGAUCACAUCCUGUUUCCCUCAACAGGGACAAUCUACAACUCUUAAGACAGCGGUAUUACUAUGCCACGUGGAAGGCUGAUGGGACCCGCUAUAUGAUGUUGAUCACCUGGGAUGGAUGUUAUUUGAUUGACAGAAAAUUUCAUUUUCGAAAGGUUCAUAUGCGUUUUCCCUGCAGAUAUUUGAAUGGGGGUACACCUGAAAGGAAUCACCACUACACGUUACUUGAUGGCGAGAUGAUAAUUGACAUGGAUCCACAUACACAAAAGCAGGAGAGAAGAUACCUUAUUUAUGAUCUGAUGGCUAUUAAUCGAGUUUCCGUGACUGAGCUGCCUUUCUAUGAACGUUGGAAAUUGCUAGAGAAAGAAGUGAUUGAGCCUCGUAACAUGGAACGUGAGGCUCUUUGCAAGAGUAUAAAUCCUUAUUAUCGAUAUGACUUGGAGCCGUUUAGUGUGAGGAGGAAGGGUUUUUGGUUACUGUCCACUGUUUCAAAGCUUCUCAAUAAAUUCAUUCCGCAACUGUCCCAUCCAUCAGAUGGUCUUGUGUUCCAGGGCUGGGAUGAUCCUUACGUCCCUCGAACACACGAAGGUCUUCUGAAGUGGAAAUACCCUGAAAUGAACUCAGUUGAUUUCCUCUUUGAGUUGGGACCAGCUGGUCGUUGCCUGCUCUUUCUUCAUGAACGUGGAAAGAAGAAGUUGAUGGAAGGGUGUAGGGUGUUUUUCAAAGAUGUAUCAGAUACAUCUUCUUAUUCAGGGAAAAUCAUUGAAUGCUACUGGGAUCCUGAGGAGAAUCAUUGGGUCUGCAUGCGGACAAGGACUGACAAAUCAACUCCAAAUGAGAUCAAUACCUAUAGAAAGGUAAUGCGAAGCAUAAGGGAUAACAUCACAGAAGAAGUUGUAUUGAAUGAGAUAAAUGAGAUCAUACGCCUUCCCUUGUAUGCUGACAGAAUACAAAGGGAUAUAAAGGCUCACCAACAGAUAGUCUCUGCAAGGCGAAGGUGAGGGGGAAGCAAUCAAUGACGCUAAACAUGUCUUUUCUGAAGGAAUAGUGCCUCAGGAGAGACGUUGAGUUUCUCUUGGUUACUGUGGAUUGGUGUAUAAAAUAUAAUACACACUCGCACAGGAGAUUUUACCCUAGAUCCGUGACGCCCUGUAUAUUAGUUUUUUCUUCCUCUUUUUUUUUUUUUUCCCCCUGGGGUCUAUUUGAUUCAUUUUCCCCCAUGCAGCAUUGAUCACGAGUUUUCAAGAUCAUGCUGGGAAAAAGCUUAACAAAACAGCCUUAAUAAGGAUAUAUAGAAACUUAUUAUUUGAUAUAUUGACAUUUUUUUGGCCGGGUGAUUUAUUUGACAUGUUAGGCUC